AUGCGGCGGGUCACGGCACCGUGGGUGAUCCGGUUCAUCGUGGCGGCGAUGUCGAUACUGGCAGACCGGUACCGGGCCGAGGGCGACGUGGUUAACCUGGCCGAGCGUGUGAUCUGGGCGGUGAACGCAGGAGGAGACGCUCACACCGACACACACGGCAUUCAUUACAAAAAAGACCCGCUGGAAGGCAAAAUGGGAAAAGCGUCGGAUUAUGGGAUGCGGUUGCCGAUCCUGCGCUCGAGUCCGGAGGAUCAGGUGCUGUAUCAGACGGAGCGCUAUAACGAGGACACGUUCGGGUACGAGGUGCCGAUGCGGGACGAGGGAGAGUACAUCCUGGUGAUGAAGUUCGCCGAGGUGUAUUUCGCCCAAUCACAGCAGAAAGUGUUUGAUGUGAGGGUUAACGGUCAUGUGGUGGUGAAGGAUUUGGAUAUUUUUGACCGUGUUGGUCACAGCACAGCUCACGAUGAGAUCAUAGCAUUCACCAUAAAGAGGGGGAAACUCAGUAUUCAGGGGGAAGUGUCCACCUUCAAUGGCAAACUAAUCAUCGAGUUCAUCAAAGGUUACUACGAUAAUCCGAAGGUGUGUGCGCUGUACGUGAUGAAAGGGAAACCUGAAGACGUGCCGAAGCUGCAGCCUCACCCCGGCCUGGAGAAGCAUGAGGAAGAGGAAGAAGAGGAAGAGGACCCUGAGGGCGGAGAUGAGACGGUGAAGAAGAUCACGUCCCAGUCUCCGAAAAACCAGGUCCGGUCCGGGCCCAGAACGCCGAACCCGUAUGCGGCCGAUAACAGCAGCCUGAUGUUCCCCAUCCUAGUGGCCUUCGGAGUGUUCAUCCCUACACUGUUCUGCCUCUGCCGCCUGUGAGAGAGAGAGAGAGAGAGAGAGAGAGAGAUAUGGGGGUGGGGGCUGGGGGCUGGGGUUGGGGGGAGGGGUGGACUGAUUCAUCUGGUCAAACCGGAAGUGACAGGGGCGGGACUGUGUCUCAUACUGCUUUGUGAUUGGAGGAGAAAGACGAGGCGGUGAGAUUUCGGUUUAGAGGAGCAGUUCAGCGCGGCGUUCUCUUUCACCACAGACAUGUUCGCUUUCACGUGAGGUUCUCUGCUUUAGUUUUGCACUGGAGCUACAAUGCUAAGAAGUAAUGUCCGCUUACGGCCACCGGUUUAGCGUGGUGCGCUCGACGUGCGCUCGACGUGCGUGUGACGUCUCCUCGAACCUUAAACAACCUGAACGCGAAAGGAAUUUUCUAUUAUUAAAAAAAUUUACACAUGCAGAUUUCGUGCACAGUGCUAAUCUGGUAGCUCUAGGCUUCCAUUGCUUGUUAGCUGCAUUACCCUCCAGUGCAAAAGUAUUGGCGCUCCAGCGUAUUACUCGUCAGCUAUGCAAUCGUUAAAACGGCGGGAAACGUGCAGCAUCAAGUGUUGUUUUUUUUCUUUUCAUGACAGAGCUGUAAACUUUACACACUUUUACACACACACACCUUCACACGACUCUCCCUUUAGCCCACGUUUUAAUCCUUUAUUGUUUAUUCGAUCCGGUUUCCUUCGUUUUAAAGCGUAUAUAAAUGCAGCAACAGAAUCCCGGAUGUGAUGUUCCCCAAUAGAAAUGUAGUGCACUAUGUAGUGUACAGAAACUCAACCCGGUGUAGUGUGUAGGGAUGGGUAUCGUUAAGGUCUCACCGAUACUGCUUAUCCAUCCGGUACUUUAACGGUAUCCUUAUCGGUACUUUGUGUCGUGGUGUUUUUUUUAUGAAAAAAGAAGAAACAAAUUGAGAACAGAAUUAACAUUGCUUUAUUUUUUGAAAUGUAAAAUCAAUUUUUAAAAAAAUAAUUUUAAGAACAAGUAGAAAAUAUGUUGAACGCGUCUUGUCGUCUCACCCAGAUGAAAUCAUCAUCAUUUCAACGUAAGGUAAGCAAACCAAUUAGGGUUUACAUUUAUUAAAUUUUUUAUUUACAUUCCUACAUUUAUUUUAAAUGGCGUGAACAAUGUUGAUUAAACAUGACUUUAAUGAGCAAAAAGAUGUCGGAUCGGACAGUACGUUUACACGGACAAUAAUCCGAUAUUAACCCGAUUAAGACCAUACUCUGAUUAAGAAACUCGCAUGUAAACAGCAAUUUUUACUGACCUUAAUCUGAUUAAGGUCAUACUCGGAUUAAGCUCUAAUGGAAUUAAGACAUGUGGAGUGUUCCUGUUUUAGUCGCAUUAUCGACGUGUAUUACAGACAUGUACACACCUUAAUCACACUAUUAAUGUCGUGUGAGAGUUUUCACCGUAUUUUCCGACAGGACACGAUCACACGCGGCAGUUCUCAACAUUUUACGGCGAGCAAGAGAGCACGGCUGCGUCCCAAACCGCAUACUUUCCUACUAUAGGCCUGUAGUGGGGAGAAAUACAUGUAUCUCGGCUACUAUGUAGACGGUAAGUACGCGGUUUGAGACGCAGCCCACGGCUUCAAGCCAUCGUCUAUUUGCACGUACAGCACGACUAAUAAUUAACUGCACUUAAAGCGUCCGUAAAAAAUUAUGAAUAAAAACACCCAAAACUGUAUACGGUCCCAUAACGAAGACCAACUGUAUGUUGAUACGUUUAAUUCUGGAGGGACGGCGGACGGCGUGGCGCAAUGACGUAAUGACGUAAUGACGCGGGCUGUUCAUCUAAUCAUGUUCUAAAACAUGUACAUGAAAGGAAUAUUCUAAAAGCGACUCAUGUAAACACCUUAAUCACAUUAUUAUCUUACUCAGAGUAAGGUCAAUAAUUAGAUUACUGCUGUCCGUGUAAACGUAGUCUCUGUUCUAUAACACGUAAAACAGGAACAUGAAAGGAAUAUUCUAAAAGCGACUCAUGUAAACACCUUAAUCAGAAUAUUGUCUUAUUCAGAACAAGGUCAAUAAUUAGAUUACUGCUGUCCGUGUAAACGUCGUCAGUGUCGGAGAUGAGCAGUGUGUCAAUGCCGCGAGAGACCUCGGGUAUGUGAUGAUUGAUUAUACACCAUUGUUAUAUGGGAAGGUUGCUAGCGUACAUACCUGACGUAGAUGGGGCAACCAGAGACGAGCUAGCUAGGCAGUCGAACACUCUGCGUCUCUCUGCGUAUUAAGCGGGAGUUUUGGUGUUGCGUGUGAUAGACUGCCUCCGCGGACGAGAGAUCUCACUUCUGGAUUGCGAAUAACGAAAAUACAGACCAAUGUCUUAAUAUUAUUAAGAAUUAUAAAUGGCUGGUGAGAUAAAACAUGCAAGAUAAGGUUUAUUUAGCAAUAAUAAAUAGGAAAUAUAUUUUCUUAAUUUCUCCAGUACCGUAAGCAGAACCGAUCAUGUCAGAGCGUAUCGAUAUCGGGUUUCGGUACCCAUCCCUAGCAGUGUGAACGUGUAGGUGAACCCCAUCUUAUAUCUAGAGCACCUGUGUAGGGAAUUGAGAACUGGAUCCAAAUUGAACUGUAUUGGACGUGUAGUGCACUACGUAGGGUGUAGCGUAUUUACACUUAAAGCCUAUGUCGUGUAAUUAUACAUUAUACUAUAUAUUAUAUAAUUAUACUAUAUUCGCCAUGCCUAUUUAAAUGAACUACAUAGGGGUAUGUAAGGGAUUAUAAUCCCUUGUUAGUGCACUACUUGUCCAGUGAGGAGCUAUUUGGGAUUUAGCCUCCUAUUCCUCAUAUUAGUAAACAACCUAAUUGUUUUGGAUCAGUUUGGAUUCAGCGUACUAGUCACUACAUAGUGCACUAUAGGUCCAAGCGCACACACACACACACACACACACAGAGACACGCACACCAACCCGCUGGUGAAGUUACAGGCUCUACCCGUCAUGUUUGUUUCGUUUACAUUGUGUGUUUCUGUCGCCGCCCUGGUGGUCGAACGUCGCUGCACCGUCCAUCGUAUUAAAGAAACGGUUCAGAUAAAAUGCUAAUGCUGCUAACCGUGUAACUGAAAGUCAAUAGCCACCAGUUAGCGUUUUGCAUACGGAGUUGUUCUAAUUGGUGGCUGCCUGCUACCAAUAAUUGCCGGGUGCUUUAACAUGUUUUUCUCCAUCCAUUUCCUGCGGUUGUUUUGUUGUUGGUUUUUUUACUCUUGAUUGUACGACGUCUGCUUCUUUCUCUUUGCUUGUUUAUUUUAACAUCAGAAAGGAAUCACGUGAAGCACCUUUUAUCAUUUCAGAAGCGAUAAUCAGCACCAAAGUGAACUUGUUGUACGGUGUGUGUGUGUGUGUGUGUGUGUGUGUGUGGUGGUACAGAGUCACACUGAUUAGCGUGUGCCAUACGGUUAAUGAAUAAUAUUGUGCUUGUCGUUGUUACGUUUGCUGUAGCUCAUGUUUUUAUUGCUUUUAUUAUUUUGCUCUUUAAUUGUUGAGGCGAGACCUCACUGCUGUCGGGUACAGGGAGGAGGGGCUGUGUGCGGACUGCAGGCUGGUGGGCGUGGCUAGGGCGGGGUAUGUGGGUGUGGAUUUAACCAUAUAUCAACUCACUGGUUGAGUAAUCAUAAUUUAAAAGGUAGCUUUCGUGAGAAUUAAACUGAGAAUGCUAACAACAUCCUGCUUCCUACGGGCACGCACAUGUUUCCAUAUAUGGAUUCAGGCACAUCCAUUUCCAUAUAUGGACUUGGACAUGCCCAUCUUACUAUGUAUGGGCUUGGGCACAGCCCACUUCCAUGUAUAGACCAAGGCACACCCACUAUUCCAUCUAUUGACUCGGACACACCCUCAUUUCCAUAUAAAGCUCAGGCAUGCUUUCAUUUCUAUGUAUGGAUUCAGACAAACCCAUAUUUACACACACUGAGACUCGGACAUGCCCACGUUUCCAAAUAUGGAUUCAGACACUCCUGGAUUUCCACAUAUGGGUUCACAUGCCCACAUUUUCAUAUGUGGAAGUGGACACACCCGCAUUUCCAUAUAUGGACUGGGACACGCCCUCUCAGGCCUGUUAUAAAGGCGCUGCCUGGCGGUGAAACAGAGGCUCGUUACAGGAUCGGGGUUUUUCUUUUCUGUAUAUUUUAUAAUUUAAUGAUUUGAUUGAGGGUUUUUUUUUGGUUGUGUUUUUAGUCGUAGUCGCUUUUUUCUCCUCAGGAUUUCUGAUUUGAUUUUGAUUCUACUUUAAUGGUUUUUAUUGGUGAAUUUUUUUGCACUGCCUGCUGUUAUUUUGAAAGCUUUUCCUCCUUGCUUGUCAUCUGUUGCCAUUUUGAUUCGAUGCCUUUUUUUUUUUCGAUGCCUUGAAAUUUAAUUUUUAAUUUAGAUUUUUUAAAAUACACUCUUCAGUGAUUUACCAUCUUGUGAGUCAUGAUCUGUUUCUUUUGCACGGCUCUUUAACAUUUCUUCACUUGCCAAACACAGCCAUCGACACGGCCAAAGACGCUGCUGCCUUCACGCUGAUGUUAGCUGACUAGCCGGUUAGCUGAUUAGCUGUGUGUGUAUUUGUGUGUUUGUGUGUGUGUGUGUGUAGCGAGGUAAAAUGUUGAGUGUGUGUUGGACUAACGCUCCUCGGUUGGACCCCUGUCGCUCUCUCGGCCUCCUGAACACAGGACACUCUGUGGGCUUUUAGGGAAACGAAACGCGCACGAACUGCAGACUGUGUGCUGUUUCUUUUUAAUAAAUGUGCUAUUUUAUCUACAA